AUGCCUCCGAAAAAGCAAGAGAAGCAGGGCGGGGGCAAGAAGCCUUCUGCGACCAAGCUUGUGGAAGACAGGACUUUUGGAAUGAAGAAUAAGAAAGGCGCCCAGACACAGAAACAGAUUGCCCAGAUGACACAGUCUGCAAAAGCUGGCGGAACCCCUGAAGAAAAGCGCAGAGCUGCAGAGAAGGCUGAAAAGGAACGGGAAAAGGCUGCGCUGGAGAAAAUCAAGAAGGAGGAGGCAGAGCUAUUUAAACCAGUCCAGAUCCAAAAGGUUCCUUUUGGUGUCGACCCCAAGACGGUACUCUGUCAGUUUUACAAAAAAGGUCACUGCGAGAAGGGCAGGAAAUGCAAGUUCUCACACGACCUGAACGUAGAACGGAAAGGAGAAAAGAAAGAUUUAUACCAAGAUACUCGGGAAAUUGACGAAGAGACGAAGAAGAAAGAAACUUCGGAGGAUUGGGAUGAAGAGAAGUUACGGCAGGUUGUCCUCUCCAAGAAGGGCAACCAGAAAACAACUACCGACAAAGUUUGCAAGUUUUUCGUGGAUGCCGUGGAGGAGGGCAAGUACGGUUGGUUCUGGACAUGCCCGAAUGGAGGAGAUAAGUGCAUGUAUCAGCACAAAUUACCACCAGGAUUCGUAUUGAAGACGAAGGAACAACGUGCUGCAGAAAAAGCGCUCAUGGACAAAUCCCCACUCAAGACCCUUACACUUGAAGACUUCCUGGAAUCUGAACGCCACAAGCUUACAGGGACUCUCACUCCUGUGACACCGGAGACAUUCGCAAAAUGGAAGAGAGAACGUCUGGACAAGAAAGCUGCUGAGGCUGAAGCACAAAUCGCCAAAGAAGCUACUGGUCGUGCCAUGUUCGAGAAGGGAGAUUGGGAGGCAAGUGGUGGUGAAGAGUCUGACGAAGAGGAUGACGGAGAGGAUGAUGCUUGGAACAUGGAGAAGUUGAGGAAGGAGACAGAGGCGUUGAGGGAGCGGAAAGAGGCCGAAAGGAUAGCCAAAUAUGGCGGUGUGGCUCCAACUACAAAUGGUGAUGGCGGUGUCGUAGAAGGUGUCGAGCCAGACGCCAAUGAAUCUGAAAGCGGGGAGGGUUCUUGAAUGAAGACCUGGGAAGACCUUGGAAUCAAAUCUUAUGAUUUUGAGUUUAUCGUCAAGGAGAACACGCUACGCAUCGGAGCGGCCAUGGACGAACCGCAUCGUCCGAUGCAUAUGUAUGCACUUGGAAUCAAGCUGGUUCAAUCAAGCAUUACACACCAUGGUAUUGUCCCAGACAAAACUAUUGAGAUGAGCUGUCUUCAGACAAGACUACGUUACUGAGAGGGGUCAAUUUGUAUAGAAUCAACGAUUAGCUUUCUGCCGCUGGUGUCAGUACAUCACUGUGUUACAAGGAGGAUGUCUCACUUGGCGUCUCCGGUGGACAAAGUAUCCCUGGUAAAAAGAGCAAAUCCAGCCAAUGCGCCAAUCAGAAUGGAUAUUAUAAUGUACCCUACCAAUUGUAAGUAAACAAAGAUAAAACUUAGAAGGGAGCCUCUCAACAACUGCUCCAGCACAACAACCGAGAUCUUCUGCUUCGUUUGCUCCACAUCGGUCGCUUUGUCCAGGAGCUUCUCUUCAAAUUCCUCGGGUAACACGUAUGCCUUCUUCUGAAGAGAUUCGUUUCUCUUGCGUAGAUACUGAUCAAAUUGUCUCUGGAUACGGCGCAGGAAUUCGAGGGAAAUGACGAGUAGAAGGGCGCCAAGACAGGCGAGAAAGAAGGUGAAGGAGGAGCGAAUGUGGAAUACCGACGAGAGGAAACAUGCAUCUAUUGUAUGCCAGUUGAGGAGCAUCUGCAAAUAUUAGCAUCGGCAACCCAGAGGAGCGCAGUAUUAAGAAGAUAUCUUUUCUGCCCAUUAUCCAAUGGAACCAGGUCUUAUACAACUUACAGAGAGUUUGCAGCCACUUGAACCUCCCAUUCCCAUACCCGUCGACGUCGUAACAGCAGUAUCUACCACAGUGGUGGUUGCAUGAGCUACAGUUGUCACAGUGGACGAGGCUACGGACGUGACCACAGCCAUACUCAUAUCCAUCUUCAACGGGCUCUAUAACGAUUUCGGAAUGUCGAGUUUCAAAGUAGCUCUGUGUGAGCGAGCUUCCAACUGGUACUUGGAGACUGGUAGCACUCUACUUAAGACGUGACGCCCAUAAGGUACAAGUUUUAGUUGACUCGAAAAUGUUUACUCCACGCCAUCAGCAUAUGCAUGGUCUAUCACGACAUUCGCGCCUCAAAAGAGCGCAAACCCACGCGACAAUCAGGCAAACCGUCUUGUGCAGUCCAAGGCAGAGGAUGGAGGAGAAACAACCGAGUCAAUUAUCAAGUUAGCCAGGCUAGUCGUCCCUGGUCCGGAUAGUCCGAUUGGUCUAUUAGAUGAUUAUGUUUCCUUCGGUGGACUCCCGCAGGCUUGCAUGAGCACGAUAAUGUAGGGUUGGCCGCUGACGAGCAAUCGGAUUUCAGGUCAGAAUUACUUCUCCGUGGGCGGUUGAGAAGUGCAGAC